AUGGCUGAAGCCCAGCUGCGUGGAUUACUUGACGAGUUCACCUGCUCGGUGUGUCUGGACACCCUGACUGACCCCGUCACCAUCCCCUGUGGUCACAGUUUCUGUCUGAAGUGCCUCAUGGACUGCUGGGAUCAGAGCCAAGUGUGCAGCUGCCCUCAGUGCAGAGAAAACUUCACCACGAGGCCUGCUCUGCAAAGAAAUAGUCUGCUGAAUGAUGUCAUCAUGAAAUUUAAGAGACCAAGAAUCAGUCCUCCUCCUCCUCAGAAUUAUGCCAGCUUUGGAGAAGUGGAGUGUGACUUCUGUACUGGGAAGAAGUUCAGAGCGGUGAAGUCCUGUCUAACCUGCCUGGCCUCCUACUGUCAGACUCACCUGCAGCCUCACUAUGAAGGAGACGCCCUGAAGCAUCACAAGCUGGUUGAUCCUGAUAGCAAUCUGAAGGAGAAACUCUGUGAGAUACAUCAGAAAAGUCUGGAGAUGUUCUGUAAAACUGAUGAUUCCUGUAUCUGCAUGAUGUGUGUGGUGACUGGACAUGAUGGGCAUAAAAUGGUCAAGCUGGAGACGGAAAGGGAAGAAAAGCAGAAACAGCUGGGGGCGACAUUGAGUGACAUCAAGAGGGGACUUGAGGAGAGAGAGAAGAUAAUGAAGGAGACGAGGAAGGCGAUGGAGGAGAUGAAGAUGUCCGUGGUAAGAGAGGUGGAGGAAAAUGAGAAGAGCUUCACUGAUCUGAUACAGUGCAUCGAGAAAGCCCACAAGAAACUGACUGAGAGGAUCAGGGAACAAGAAAAGAGAGAGAUGGAGAAGGCUGAAGGAGUCAUGGAGCAACUGGAGAAGGAAGUCAUGUCUCCCACCGACAUUUAA